AUGGACGCUCCCUCCAGCUCAACUUCCAACUCCUCGGCUCAGCAGUCUCCUUCUGUACAGAUGGUCCCCCAACCUGCUCCCGCUCAGGGUAAUAACGGUCCUUCGACCGACGCCUUUCUCCAAGACUUCACGCUCAUUGCCGAGGCUGCCAAGCGGGCGCAAAUGGCCAUCAUGAUACGCGACUUUGAAGAGUGUGGCCUGGCGAUGAUAGGAAAAAGAAAAACCAGAAACAGAAGCCAUAAUCAUGCCUGUCUCGACAACAAGAGCCUGUCUCGACAACAAGAGCCUGUUCAGCUCUGCGCAUCACUACAAGUUGUCAUUGGGGGAUUUAUGCGACUGUGGCAUGUUUGGCUUAUCGCAUUUCACCAAUCACGCCUCAUCAAUGCCUUGUUCACAUUCUUUGUCUUUUGGCAACUCAACUCGACCCAGGGCAACGCUUAUCGAUGGAUCCUUUUCUUGCAUUAUUGA